UUGAACAGAUUUUGAGAAAUAUAAACAUUUACAUUUUGGGACUUAAUGUGCCUUUAACCCAUUUGAAAUCCUCAUUUUUUUGUUUCAGGCUGUUGUCCAGAGUUGUUGAAUCCUGUGAUUCAAAGACAGACCAGCAAGUGCUAUAUAAUGCUUUUCAGUUUGAAACACUUGAGGGAGGCUAUAAGAUGAAUAUUGGAAAAAAGUUGUUCUCUGCCCAUAUUUCAGCCUUAUUCCCAAAUGUUGUCAAAAUCCGUCGAAAAACAAAGCAGACGACAGAGACGGUCUUCAAUGGUAUAAAGCUACAGACAACUAGCUAUGACGCAGCUGAAACUUUCCAUUUUCAAAACUUAAAAGAUCACCUGCCACUGGAAUCUGUCACCAUUGAGUCAGAGACUGAAACAUCUCUAACUUGUAAAAACAACGACCUUGAUUAUGAAGUAAAUGGCUGUAAAAUAUUCAAACUAAUUACUUUUCAUAAAGAUGGUACAUGGAAAUUAAAUGUAGCUGGAAAGAAUGUGAAUUUAGAUGCAGUUUGUGUGUCUGACACAUAUGAACUAUCUGCAAAUAGCAUAAAUAAUGUGUGCAAAGUGGCAAGUCUUUUACCUCUAUGUUAUGCUUUUCCCCUGACAAAAUCUGUGAUUGUAAGCCGUUACCAUACAGUUGAAAAUCUAAAAGUAUGGGAUAACCUGCACAGAAAAAUCAGGUCAAUACUUUGUGAUCGGAUUGUGCCUUUAAAUUCUACAGAAAAAAUGUGUCACAAAUGUAAAUACAUGAAAGUUAAUGCUCCAGAUUUAAACAAAGUGAAAGCCAAUGAUACUGAAAAUCAAGUUCUAAAACAAAGAAACAUCAUUGAAGCAAACAAAGAAAAUAGUUCAAAACCAAUAAGAGCAACAAAGGAAAGCAUAAUCAACAUGUUUCCUGGUGCAAGCAAGGAAAUUAUUGACAUACUUUUAAAUCAGGCUAAUAAUUGUGAACGAGACCCUCGAGGAAGAAGGUGGAGCUCAGGUGUAAUAUCUGCUUGCCUUAAGUGGUUUAUGAGGAGCCCACAGUCUUAUCAGGACUUCAUGGAUAGCAAACUUCUACUGUUACCCUCACCCUUAUUGUUAAUUUUAUAUAAAAAUAGAAUUCAAAAUAAUGUUGGUUUUGACAAUGACAUAUUCAAAUGGAUGCACCUCGAGGCUAAACGUAGAGCACUACCAAUUGAGGGCUGGUCAGGAGGUAUCAUUUUGGACGAAAUGUCAAUUCAGACAGAUCUUCAAAUUAACAAAAAUGGUGAUGUUGUGGAACUUUCUGGGCUUAUGGAAAUGGGUUCUGAAGGUAAUACCUGCCAUAUACUAAGAACUGGCAAGGCAGAUAACAUUCUAGGUACCCAUGCUCUCCAACUAGUUUUUUCAGGCAUAACAGGUUUUAGAUUCCCAUUUGCCUAUUUUAUAACAGAUGGGAUUCAAGCUCCAGAACUGUAUUCACUAUUUUGGGAAGCAGUUGAUAAACUUCAAACAUUUGGCUUCAAGGCAAUAUACACUUGUAUGGAUGGAGCUCAAUGCAAUAGAUCUUUUUUGAAAUACAAUGUUUCAAAUUUAACAACAUAUUCCAGUCAAAAUCCAUGUAAUUUAGACUCGAUGAUAUUCAUGAUGGAUGUGUCCCAUGUACUUAAGAAAAUUCGGAACAACAUGUUAAAAAGUGGUAUCCUCAAAUCCUCUACACGUCUACUUAAAUUCACCUCUGAUAAAACUGUUCAAUGGCAAAUGUUCAUUGACUGCUUUCAAUGGGACAGGUCAAAUGCUUUACAACUGCAUCAAAAAAUAACAAAUGAACACUUAUUUCCUUCAACUCAGUCCAAAAUGAGAAAUCAUUUGGCUGAAGAGGUUUUAAACAGUGAUAUGCUGCAUGUCAUUAAACAAUACAAGCUUUAUCUUGGCCCUAAAAGAAGUGAUCUUGAUGGAGCAAUAGAACUACUCGAAAAAACUUCAAAAUUGAUAGAAAUUUUCAGAAGUUUUAAGCCUGUGCGUUCAUUGGAUGAUGAAAGACUUAAACAGCUACAUGAAAUUGACGAGUGGUUCAAAACCUGGGAACUUUCAGUGUCUGGUAGCAAAGGAUCCAACAAAUCAUUGCUUUCAUUUCAAUGCCAUGAGGAUAUUCAUGCAUGUAUUAUUGGAUUUAUUAGUUUGUGCAAUAAUUUUUUUUACAAGAAAUGUUCUAUUUACAUUACGCCUGGAUUGAUUAAUUCUGAUGUGAUUGAAAAUACUUUUAACCAAAUGCGGUCUACCUAUAAUGGAGAAAACAGCAAUCCCAAUGCAUUACAGUAUGGAAGAACAUUAAAUAGCAUAAUCUUAGGUCAAAAGACAAUAUCUCAAAAAGGCAAUACAGAUAAAUUUAGAGAUGGGACCAUGCUAUACGAGUCAGCUAUUAAAAAGCCACUGAAACGUCGAGCUUCAUCGACUGUCAAUGAAAGACCUCCAAUAAAAGUCAUCAGGUGCUAAGACGGAGGAUACCGACCAUCUUCUAUCCCUGACCAGCGAUGCAAUGUGUUUGCCUUUAGUGUCAUAUCCGUAUAUACAGAGCAGGCGAUGCCAGUUGUGC